UCUCGAAGUAGUACCUCCGUCUUUUAUAUACCAAGCAGCAUCGCCAAAGCCCUAAUUCUGCAAAACCUCGCAAUCACUUCCUUAUCCGGAGACAUAGGCCGCGCCUGAAUACUCUUCUCUACAGAGGCAUUUCCACGAACGCAUGGCGUCUGCUAAUGCCAUCUCCACCGCCUCCAUUCUCUCUUCUCCCAAACAGGGGAGUUUGAGGAAUCGGAGGGCCAGCCAGUUGCAGGGUCAGAAGAAGCUGAAUUACAGCAACAGGACGUCGAGUAGGCGGUUUGUGGUUCGAGCUUCUGCCAAGGAAAUUGCCUUCGAUCAGAGCUCGAGGAGAGCUCUUCAGGCCGGCAUCGACAAGCUCGCCGACGCCGUUGGCCUCACUCUUGGUCCCAGAGGGAGAAAUGUUGUUCUAGAUGAGUUUGGGGCCCCUAAAGUGGUUAAUGACGGGGUGACAAUUGCUAGAGCUAUUGAGCUAGCAAAUCCAAUGGAGAAUGCUGGGGCUGCUCUUAUCAGGGAGGUUGCAAGCAAGACUAAUGACUCUGCUGGUGAUGGAACUACGACUGCAUCGGUCCUUGCACGUGAAAUUAUUAAAUUGGGCUUGUUAAGUGUGACAUCUGGUGCAAAUCCAGUUUCAGUAAAGAAGGGGAUUGAUAAAACUGUUCAGGGAUUGGUAGAGGAGCUAGAGAAGAGAGCCAGACCUGUCAAAGGCCGAGAUGAUAUUAAAGCCAUUGCUUCUAUUUCUGCUGGAAAUGAUGAUACUAUUGGGACCAUGGUUGCUGAUGCAAUUGACAAGGUUGGACCUGAUGGUGUCCUAUCUAUUGAGUCAUCCUCCUCCUUUGAGACUACUGUUGAUGUGGAAGAAGGGAUGGAGAUUGACAGGGGUUAUAUCUCUCCUCAAUUUGUUACCAAUCCCGAGAAGUUAAUUGUUGAAUUUGAGAAUGCACGAGUACUGAUUACAGAUCAAAAAAUCUCAGCAAUAAAGGAUAUAAUUCCUUUGCUAGAGAAGACCACUCAAUUGCGAGCCCCGUUGCUUAUUAUUGCUGAGGAUGUAUCUGGUGAGGCUCUUGCUACUCUUGUUGUGAACAAGCUGAGGGGCAUCAUUAAUGUUGCUGCCAUCAAAGCACCUGGUUUUGGCGAAAGAAGAAAAGCUCUUCUUCAGGAUAUUGCAAUUUUGACAGGGGCUGAGUACCAAGCAAGUGAUCUUGGUUUGCUAGUUGAGAAUACCUCAGUUGAGCAGCUUGGCAUAGCAAGGAAAGUGACCAUUAAAAAGGACUCCACUACUAUUAUAGCUGAUGCUGCAACCAAGGAUGAGAUCCAGGCUAGGAUUGCACAGAUUAAAAAGGAGUUGGCUGAGACAGAUUCUAUCUACGACUCUGCGAAACUUGCUGAGAGAAUAGCCAAGUUAUCUGGAGGGGUUGCUGUUAUAAAGGUUGGUGCUGCAACGGAAACUGAGCUUGAGGACCGGAAGUUACGAAUUGAGGAUGCCAAGAAUGCAACUUUUGCUGCCAUAGAGGAAGGGAUUGUUCCUGGUGGCGGUGCAGCAUUGGUUCAUCUGUCAACUUGUGUACCUGCUAUUAAGGACAAACUUGAAGAUGCAGAUGAAAGGAUUGGUGCUGAUAUUGUGCAGAAGGCACUGGUCGCACCAGCAUCCUUGAUAGCUCAGAAUGCUGGGAUUGAAGGUGAGGUGGUUGUGGAGAAGGUGAAGGAUAGCGAAUGGGAGAUCGGCUACAAUGCGAUGACGGACAAAUACGAGAACUUGGUGGAAGCUGGAAUAAUUGACCCGGCAAAGGUGACGAGAUGUGCAUUGCAGAAUUCAGCUUCAGUUGCAGGAAUGGUCCUCACAACUCAAGCCAUUGUGGUGGAAAAGCCUAAGCCAAAGGCACCGGCGGCUGCUCCUCCUCAAGGCCUCACUAUUUAAUAACUCUUGUUCUGUUGUAACUUGCUGGAUGGUUAGAGAAAAUGAUUGGCGCCUGAACGUGGUGAUCGAGGAAAAGACAAAUGUAGUAGUAAAGGCAUGAAGUUUGUACUACCAAAUUGUUGUUGCCACAGAAAUCUUUUAGGGAGGGAAAGCACUUCGCAUAACGUUAGCUGUGCAAAUUUUCUGGCAGGUGAGUUCUUGUAAACAACUUGCUCUCUCAGUUUCUCGUGGUGUCAAUUUGUGAGCUAAGCUAGUUUUCUGCUGCGGCUUUACGGUUUUCUUUUA